UCAAAGAUCAAAUGUUAAUGUUACAUAUUUUGUAUGUUGAAGCGGACAAACAAAUCCCUUCUUAUUAGUAGAUAAUUUUAACAGCGAGCGCGCGCAACGACUGCAUAACUGGGCUCACGGCCGACCGGUUCUCAGCCGGCCGCCCCUGCGCCCGCGCAGUGCCCCGCGAGCCACGCUCGACAGUCCAUCAGCCGCCUUGACGCGAAGUGCAUGUCGCUGCGCCGCGCAAUUGCACUGCAAUCGCGUUUCCGUGCAUUUAGCUCGCGCUUUAUAGUUUUUAAAGCUAGUACCUAUCUCAAGUAAGUGAAUAAAGUGGUGAAGUACUGCGUUACUACGCAUCCCACAUUGGUGACACCCUGUUAAACACCUCAGAAUGGCAAGCGGUAGUGGCACUGAACCGGACAAAGAGGUACCGUUACAAAAUGGCGCCGAGCAGUUAACGGCCGAAUCAUUUCGGGUUGGCGUCAAGGUGCCACCCUUUUAUCCUGACAAACCUGCGCUAUGGUUUGCGCAGCUGGAAGGGCAAUUUCGUUUAUCUCGAGUAACGACCGACGAGACAAAAUUUUAUUAUGCCAUGGCGCAGCUUGAACCUCAAUAUGCGGCGGAGGUCGAAGAUAUCAUUACAUCACCGCCGGACGAGGACAAAUAUGGAAAGCUGAAGACUGAGCUGAUUAAGCGGCUUUCUGCGUCGCGCGAGAGGAAGGUUCAGCAGGUCCUGAAUCUUGAAGAGCUAGGAGACAGGAAACCUUCACAGUUUCUUCGACACCUUCAGCACCUGGCAGGACCUGGACUUCCUGAGGACUUCCUACGUUCCAUCUGGGUCAACCGGCUACCACAACGGACGCAGGAUAUUGUCGCGUCGCAACUAAAAUCAUCCCUAGAGGACUUGGCGGAGCUCGCCGAUCGCCAUUACGUGUCACGCCGGCACCACCUGGGUUGA